CACUUUGUAUGUAUGUUGAGAAAGUACAUACAUAAUCUAUGAUUGAUUGAUUCUUAUAUAUCUCUCUACUUCUGGCUCACUUUUGUCUGCGGGUGUUUUUCUCUCCAUUCGUGCACUCAGCCAAUGGCAUUGCUCGGACUGUGGAAAUGGAUGGUGUGUCUAUAUUUAGAAGCAGGGAAGGAGGGCAAAGCAAAAGUAAGCCGUGGAGAGGGAGGGAGAGAAAGAGGAGGCAAGUAAGGAGAAGAUCAAUCUGCAUUCUGCCGCUGACUGGAGUCGGAAUCGGUUGGAGCUCCAGACUGAUUUGAAGGAGAAGCAUUAUCACAUCAUCGAUUCCAAACAACACACCAUCACUGCACAACAACACCUGGCUUUGCAAGAGCAGAGCGGACAAGAAAUUUAUUUGGCCUCAAGGAAAACCAAGCAGAGAUGCGGCCAAAGUCCAAACUCUUGUUCAAGCGACGUCUCAUGCUGCCCACGAUCAAAGAAGGGGACACUGAGGAGACAGUGAGAGACUGGAAAGAGAAUAACACACUCAGCAUGACGGGUCAUUCCGUCUCCUCAGAUGACUACCUCCUCUCCAUCUGCCACCUGGCCCACCCCACCUUCCCCAUCAGGGAUGUUUCCCCUGAUAACGUGUGCACAUGCCUGCAGCUGACACAGCACGGUGGGAAAAGGCCGUCGUCCUUCAGGGUCAGCCGCAGUGAGGAGAACCUGUCGUCCAGGUGCCUCGGCAACUCUGAUCCUUUGGAGUACCUCUAUGGACACCAGAGUCACCUCUCUGUCCUCUGCAGCAGCCAGCCAGGAGCUAUGAGGAGGGCGUUUUCAAGACAGAAUGGGCCAGUAUGGGAGGCUCGCACCCGGGCUCACAGCAUCCCAGCUGCUUCCCCCACAGAUCUCCCGUGGCAAAGCAAGAGCAGCUGCUCUCAGCUGGACGCCAUCGCCGAUGCAUCUCCUCUGAGCUCGGGGGAGGAGGAGCGACAGAAUCCCACCAUCAAACCAUCCCUGAUCUCUCGGUGGAUCUCUGACUGCAGGUCGGCUUGGGGGGAUGCACGUGCACGAGCCUGCAUGCUGCCCUCCAUCGCUGAAGUACAGACGGUGCAGAAACGCCACCCACCACUUCUUUAAAGAUCUCACUGUUGUCAGCGUCACAGAGACACGAGAUGUUUGAUGCCGUUGCAUAUGAGGAAAAGGUGGAACAUUUUGAAUGGAGAAUGAUGUUGUAAUGAUCUGUGAUGUUCUGAUUGUUAUUGUGGUUGUUUGAUGUUAUGAGCUAUGAUAGUGAACAUGCAAAAAAUAGUGAAAAGUGACAAACCUGCAAAAUCAUUUUAUACCUUGCUGUUUUUGUGGUGUAAUAUGAAUAAAUACAUUUAUAUAUAUAUA